GACGAUAGUUGGAUGGUCUAUCGAUACCAUCUCUAGUUGCCCGCACGUGUUUACUUGUUGUGCGAAACUAUUUAGCUCAGAAAAAGUUGAUUUUGAACAGAUACAGACAUGCCGCGCUCCAAACGUGAUAAGAAAGUUUCCCUGACCAAAACUGACCGCAAAGGUCUGGCUUGGAAACAGCGGAUUGUGGACGACAUUCGCUUUUGUGUGGGUAAAUACCCAAACAUAUUCGUUUUCCAAGUUCAAAAUAUGAGGAACAGUUUGCUGAAGGAUCUGCGACAGGAGUGGAAAAAGAACUCUCGGUUUAUAUUUGGCAAGAAUCGCGUAAUGCAGAUUGGUCUUGGUCGCACCAAAAGCGAGGAAGUGGAGUCGGAUUUGCACAAGCUCUCCAAGCGCUUGACUGGACAGGUGGGUCUGCUCUUUACGGACAAAUCCAAGAAGGAAGUUCUAGAGUGGGCAGAGAACUACUGGGCCGUGGAGUACGCGCGCAGUGGUUUUGUGGCCACGGAGACAGUAACUUUGCCAGCUGGUGCUUUGGAAGACUUUGCCCACUCAAUGGAGCCGCACUUGCGAUCUUUGGGUCUGCCCACAAAACUGGAGAAGGGAAUCGUAACACUGUACAGUGAUUACACCGUUUGCGAGGAGGGCAAGGUACUGACGCCCGAGCAGGCGAGAAUCCUGAAACUAAUCGGCAAACCGAUGGCAAAGUUCCGGCUGACCAUGAAGUGCUCGUGGACCAAGGGCGAGGGCUUCCAACUGCACGUAGAGGACGAUGUGAACGACGAGGAUCAGGCCGAUAGCGCCAUGGAAGAGGACGCAGAGGCUAUGGAAGACAACGACGAUGAUGACGAAGAGGAGGAUGAUGAAUAAAUUAGUUUUAGGUGUAGAAUUAAUUUUUUAAUGUAUAUAUCAAUUACAUACAAAUAUAUACGUGUAUUUUUACAUUAUA